AUGUCUAUGUCAACUCGUUUUCCAAAUGUGCACAGAGAUGUGGAGCGCCCGAGUGGUUUGAAAGGAAAUUUUAUCAUGUCCUCGCUUAAUAUUAAUGGUUUAAUGAGUAAAUUCACGAUUUUUCUAAGACUCAUGGUCGACGAAAAAAUGGAUGUGAUCGCGAUAGAGGAGACCCACUCAAAAGAUAAUAAUAUGGCUACCUUUAAUAACUUUGAAAUGUAUAGUUCUGGCACCACUUCCAAUAAUUGUUCGGGGGUUGCUUUCUUUAUCAGCAAAAGAUUAUGCAAAUACGUGGAUAAAUUUGUGCCCAUUUUGGAGAAAUGCUGUUUACUAAACCUGAAUACCUGCUUCAGACAAACAAUCUUAGUUAAUGUCUAUGCCCCGCCUAGAAGAAACGAACGGCUCGCAUUCCUUGAUGAUUUAGAAAACAUUGUAAACUCUCUUCCUAGGAGUCGUAAUUUGAUAAUCCUCGGGAACUUAAGUACUAGGAUUGGAAAAGAUGACUCCUUUAUUAGAGAUGGGAUAAUUGGGAAUGCAGCUCUCUCUCAAUUAAACAGUGAUGACAGUAGGAAGUUAUUGGAGAUGUGCAGGAGUAUAAACCUCAAGGUUGAAAAUUCUUUCUUUUCACACAGCGAUUUUAACACCCUAACCUUCAGAAGAAAUAAUACCAAAUCUCAGAUCGAUUUUAUCAUCUCGAACAUUCAUAGCUGGUUCAUCGAUGUAAAAGCAAUGCCUAAUAUUAAUAUUUCUGAUCAUAACUUAAUCAGAGCCAGUAUUACUGUGAGAAAUUUAUGGGGAAACUCUCGGCGUCCUUCUCUUCAACCCCAGCUCGAUCUAAUCUUAAAUGAUAGGGAAGCAACUUUCUUAUCCUCAUCGGAGUCUCAGUCUGUUGAAGAAUGUUGGGCGUCUUUCAAAAACAACUUGUUUGAUGCCUGCAAUCAUCUCCCUAACAUCAACAAUUCUCCACUAAGACAGGAAUGCAGCACGCUGCAGGAAUGGCUAUCCGAUGACACCAUUCGCAUGAUAGCUCAACUCAAGCUACAAGAAGAGCGCGAUGGUCAUUUAUGGACCUCAAUUCAUAGACUCCUAAGGAGAGAUGGAAGAAUUUUUAUUGCUAAAAAAGCUUUUGAGAUAGACAGGGAUAUGAGGGAGAAUUGA